AUUUGAAUUGAAAAGAUAGAUUGAUGGCGGUACAAAUGGCUAAUAUAGAGGCACAAUCAUCAUGUGAGCAAACUUUGUCUCCUUCGUCAAUCUUUAACAAAGUUGAUCGUCCUGUUACAUUGAAGUUUCAUGAAGUGGUUUACACUGUCAAAAUUAAGAAACAAAGAUGGAUAAAGAAGAGCGAAUCGCUAGAGAAGCUUAUAUUAAAAGGAAUCACUGGCAUGGUGUUGCCCAGUGAAACGUUGGCAAUGUUAGAUCCAUCUGGCUCUGGAAAAACUACACUUUUGACGGCACUAGGUGGCCGACUAAGCGGCAAACUCGAGGGGACUGUCACCUACAAUGGCAAACCAUUUUCAAGUAUUAUGAAGCGGUAUAUUGGGUUUGUAACUCAAGAUGAUGUUUUAUACCCUCAUUUGACAGUCACCGAAACCUUAGUGUUCACCUCUUUACUUCGGUUGCCUAAUAAUCUAACAAGUCAAGAAAAAGUGUUGCAUGCUGAAGUUGUGAUCAAUCAACUUGGGUUAACAAGAUGCAAAAAUAUAAUUAUAGGUGGCCCAAAUUUAAGAGGGAUAUCUGGUGGAGAGCGGAAAAGGGUUAUUAUUGGGCAAGAAAUGCUUAUAAAUCCUAGUUUGUUGUUCUUGGAUGAACCAACUUCAGGGCUUGACUCAACAACGGCUCAAAGGAUUGUUUCAACGUUAUUGGAAUUAGCACGAGGCGGAAGAACUCUUGUGAUGACAAUUCAUCAGCCCUCAAGUAAGAUGUUCUACUUGUUUAAUAAAGUGUUGUUACUGUCGGAAGGGAAUUCGUUGUUUUUUGGAAAAGGGUCAGAAGUUAUGAGUUAUUUUGAAAGUAUCGGCUUUUCACCAUUGGUAGCCAUGAAUCCUUCAGACUUUUUGUUAGAUCUGGCAAAUGGGAUAUCAUCAGAGGCUUCAAGUUUUUCGGAUCAAAAUGAAACUAAGCAGAAGCUGGCUUUGGCUUAUAAGUCAAAUCUUGCUGAGAAUCUGAAAGCUGAAGUAUUAGAAUUUGAUGAUCAUGUGAAAAGUAUUUUAGAGAACAAGAAACAUGAACGAUGGACCACAACUUGGUGGCAACAAGUAAUGAUUUUGUUUAGAAGAGGUGUUAAAGAAAGGAGACAUGAUUUCUUUUCUGCACUGAAAAUUGGUCAGGUUAUAGCUGUAUCAUUUCUUAGCGGUUUGCUAUGGUGGCAAAGUGAUGCAUCACACUUUCAAGAUCAGUCCGGAUUGCUAUUCUUUUACACUGGAUUUUGGGGUUUUUUCCCUUUAUUUCAAGCAAUUUUCACAUUUCCUCAAGAAAGACUAAUGCUAGCCAAAGAAAGAUAUUCUGGAAUGUACAAACUUUCAUCUUAUUUUGUGUCAAGAACACUAGGAGAUCUUCCGAUGGAGAUAGUUCUUCCCAUUUUGUUUUGCAUAAUAACCUAUUGGAUGGCGGGGCUCAAACCAACGGUUGGAAGUUUCUUAUAUGCGUUGUUUACGCUCCUCUUAAGUGUCUUGGUCACACAAGGGCUCGGAGUUGCGCUAGGUGCACUUGUCAUGGACCAGAAGUCAGCCACCAUUCUAGGGUCUGUGAUCAUGCUAUCCUUCACAUUAGCGGGAGGAUACUAUGUUCAGCACGUGCCUACUUUUAUAUCUUGGAUCAAAUAUGUAUCGAUCAGUCAGCAUACUUACAAGCUCUUGAUAGGGUCACAAUAUGAACAUGGCCAAACCUACCAAUGUGGUAACCGGACUUGCUUGGUUGAAGAUUUUCCAGCCAUUAAGAGUGUUGGGCUCAGUGGGCAAGUGAUCUCGAUUGUUGCUUUGGUUAUAAUGCUUGUAUUUUAUCGGGUUGUUGCAUAUCUAGCUCUCAUGCGAAUUGGUGUGCCUACAAAAUAAGGCAUAUAUAUGCUUUUUAGGCAUGCUUCACAAGAAAACCAUAACAUAUGCUUUUUAGGCA